AUGAUAAUUACAGUGGAACAAGAACAAUCCGUCAGCCCGACGACCCGAAAAUCUCACGCUCGAAGCCGCACAGGGUGCAGCCAAUGCAAGAACCGACGUGUGCGAUGUGAUGAGAAGCGACCUAUUUGAUACAGCCUCAAUUGUGAUGCGUCUGGACUAUCAUGUCACUUCGCAGCUCCAGCCAUGCCUCUUCGUGAGCGCCGCAAAUCAUAUCUUCCCGGAGAACAGCAACCAUGGGUCGUGGCAGUCAAGCCAGCCCCAGUAUCGCCACCUAAGCCUAUCAACGUUUGCUUUCCAUGCCCCAUAGACAUGCCGCUGCGGUCAAUGGAACUUCUUCACUACUUCCACAAGGCUGGUGGUAAUAAUGAAGUUGCAUUACAGUGUAAACGACAGAACUUACUGGCAUCCAACAUCCAUCACCCCGACGCGCUGCGUAACACUCUCCUCAUCGCUGGCUUUCAUUACCUCAUAAAUGGGAGUCGAUUCAGUGACUUCAAGCCGACAUUGCUACUCCACAAGAUAGAAACAAUACGCUCGGUGAAUAAAUGGAUUCAGCUUUCAGAUUCAAAAGCAUACGCCAUGUGCGUACGGCAGAUCUCUACUCUGUGUUUUUCCGAGUGUUAUUUGGGCCAUUCCAAAGCUGCUGAAACGCAUCUAAAUGGGCUGAUGAAGUUCUUGGAUAUUUAUUGCCCUCUAGACUUGGCCAACCCAACAGAACCAAGCAACACUACAGAGCUUUCCAUUCGAUACAUCAUGCUUACAUAUUCUUUUAUAUCUAUCUGCAAAAGCCGUGUCCGGGUCGAAUUAGUAGACGUCGGUGAUGGCGCAACCCCAGAAGUCAUGGCAGCAAUGCACGACCGAUAUAAGUUCGAGGCCGGUGGGAUGGACCUAAAAUUGAGAAGUAUGGAGAUGCUUCCUUACUUCUUUGCUCCGUUGUCCUCCAUGAGAGGUUUCCGCGAUAUCGAUGCUUCAUCAAUGAUUGAAUGUCUCCUGUCUUUGACAGAGGUAUUUCAAUUGAGAGCACCAGUGGAGGAUGAAAGAUCGGUGCAGCAAAUAUUAUUGAUCGAGAAUACUGCUGUCAAGCUGAUAAUGGCAGCUAUAGAGACUCAUGUCGAAUCCAUGCCCGGACAAGGCGAUAGGACUCACAAGAAGAAAUAUGUCAAAGGGUUGGAAGGUUCCUGGUCAGGGCUCUUCAUCGCCUCACAUCUCUACGUCCAUCAAAUCCUCGGCCUCUGGACUUUAGAUGCAACGCUGGAAGUCAAGUUCCAUUCUCAUAUCCUUGGGUAUCUGAGCUGGGAUCUCGCUAGAAGCGAUAGAUGCCUGGAAGAAGGAUCUACCAUCGCAUCAAACUUUUGGUUCUGGAAAGCUUUCGUGGGUGCCUUUAGUCUCGCAAGGCAUAUCGAAACUGAUCACGCAGUGGCGCUGUACCCUCUGCGACGACAGUUUGUCAAGCUUUUAUAUAACUGGUCUGAAUCUGCAGGCAUUAAAACGUGGAAAGAAGCUCGAGAGGUUUUAAUAGGUAUUGUAUGGCCCAAGUCAGCAUUCAUUCAUGGGUCUUUGGCAGAGAUGAUUUGGUAUGAAAGUCAAGUCAAGAUUCACUCUGAGAGAGAAAGUACAUAG